AAUGGUAAUAUACUGGUAAUAUCAAAAAAAAAAUUUUUUUAAUCUACAUCCUUUUGUAGGUUCUCUCUCUAUAAUAAAAAUAUUAAAAUUAUUGAUUUGAAAGCAAAAUACUGUAUAGAAAAUGGAGGAUGAAAACAUUUCUAGUAGUUUUUUCGAGUCAGCACAGUUCGGGACUGGCCAGUCAUCGGGACCUGAUAUCCCUGAUGUUGACCCUUUUUCGUUUAAACCUGACCUAAAUAUUGUAAAUUAUAAUAACAUUAAUAAUCCCUGGGAUCCUCCAAUUGGCGGGCCUGAUAUUUCGAACAUUCUGUCGGAUGUACUUUUACCAGAGAUAUAUAUGUCUGCUUUUACUCUCGCAUCGCCAAAUGCCGGAACGGUUUCUAUUCCUGCUUUAAAUAAAAUUCUAGGCAUAAGUGGAGUUCCUCACGCGACUAUAGAAAAAAUCUUGAAUUUAGCCGCACCAACUAAUAGUUCGCGUGUGAAUCGCGGUGAAUUUAACGUUGCACUUGCAUUAGUUGCAUUAGCGCAAAAAAAUAUGGAUGUUUCAAUAGAAAACUUGAUCGAUCAUAAACAUGAUCUUCCAGAGCCAAUUUUAAAUAACCUGGAGAGCUUAAAUUUUAAUCGUAACCUAAGUUUUUCUGCCAUAACAUCACAAUCUUCUGCAAUUCCCUCUCUUCAGGCUGAUGAUCCUUGGGCUACUCCAACUUCAACUGAGCCUUCAUCGCAAUUUAUUCCCGGUGCAAGUACUGCAAUAACAGUACCAAUCACGGAAAAUUUGAAUCACGAUGAUGAUUUUCGAUGGUCUAUCGAUAUGGAUGUUAUUACAAUAAAAUUUGCGCCUGAAAGAGAGGGAUUUCUCUUUAAGCACGUUAAUUACAUUGUAGCGUCACAAAAACGCGAUACCACUGUUAUAAGGAGAUAUAGCGAUUUUUGGUGGCUAAUGGAAUGUUUAGUAAAAAGAUAUCCUUUCCGUAUUUUGCCCGCUUUGCCUCCCAAAAAAAUAGGAAUGAAUGGAUUUUAUUUCACAGUUGACGAAACUUUUCUGGAGAAAAGGAGGAGAGGACUCACUCGUUUCUUGAAUUUUAUCGUCAGGCAUCCUGUUUUGAAGAAUGAUUACUUGGUUGAAAUGUUUUUGACAGAACAAUCGCAGAUAGCUGAGUGGCGUAAAAAUAAUACUCCGGACUUAACAGAAGAAUAUAUAAAUAAACGGAUCACUCCUGAAAUGGAAGCACGUUUACCAGCUAAUUUAGAUGAAAGACUUGAUAAAGUAAACAAGAAACUUGACGAUACAAUCGAUCAUUAUCGAAAUAUGUGUACAAUUAUGGAACGUAUGGCUCGCCGUCAAGAAGGCAUAGCAACAGAUUACAGCCGGUAUAGUUUAUCCUUAAACGCGUUAAUCGAGAAAGAAAAAGGAUGCUACAUCGAGGAUUGUCACAAUUGUUCCCAAGUAGUACAUGGUUUAGAACAAGUGUCAAGCCAUUUCAAAAAGACAAGCAAUGUUAUGGAGGAUAUGGCAAAUGCUACUCUUGAUAAUGUAUUGGAAAAUUUGAAACGACAUCGAGAUUUACUUGUUUCUUUUAAGGAAACGUUUGAAAGAAGAGAUCGCUUGUCUGUAGAUACAAUUGAGUCCCUCAAUAGUCGAUUGAGAUCAAAUCAAUCUAAACUUAGUCUAAUAGAUGGGAAGGAAGGCACAGAACAAGAUGUUGAAAGACUAAAGGGGGCUAUUCAAAAGGAUGAAGAAGAUAUUGUACAACAACAAAAACGGAAAUUGUUUGUACGGUACUGUCUCUAUACUGAACUUACGUUAUUCCAUAAAAGUUCUGCAUUUAUUUCACUUUUAUACCAGAAUUUUGUCAAUGAUCAAAUUAAAUAUUCACAACAACUUUACGAAAAUUGGAAAUCAUUGAGUCCAAAGGUAUAUGAUAUGCCUAUUGAAACUAAUGGAUUUGGUUAACAAUAAUUUAUUGGUAGUUACUUUUAUAUGAAAUUUGUUGUUUCAUGUAUUUAAAUAUGUUACGAUGUUAAAUAUUUAGUAAGGGUUUGAAUUCAUAAAUAUUUUUGUGUACUUUGUUAUAGACAUUUACCAUAUUUAUUGAAAUUUUUUUAAAAAAAAAA